GUAAUAGUCCUUUUGCAACUGAAGAGAAAAGAAGCAGACUGAUACUAACAUAUAGUUAGAAAUAGUUUUUAAAAUGAGGCCAAAGUGUAAUUUAUUUUUUAAUUGUAUCAAGUUUAGAAUAAAGUAUAAACAUAAAUUAGUGCCAGUUUUUUAUCAAAGUAAACGAAAUAGAUCAGAUUCACUAGACGUAAAUUUUGCAGAAAUUCCUAUAGAACGAAUAAGAAAUUUUAGCAUAAUUGCCCAUGUUGAUCACGGAAAAAGUACCUUGGCAGAUAGACUUCUUGAAUUAACAGGUACAGUAAAAAAAGGCCAGAAUCAAAUAUUAGAUAAGCUUCAAGUUGAGAGAGAAAGAGGAAUAACCGUAAAGGCUCAGACUGCAUCUUUAUUGUAUAAAUAUAAGGGAGAUAAUUAUCUUUUAAAUUUAAUAGAUACACCAGGACAUGUAGAUUUCUCAAAUGAGGUUUCUAGAUCACUUUCAGCUUGUCAAGGAGUCAUACUUCUGGUGGAUGCUAAUUAUGGAGUUCAAGCCCAAACAGUGGCUAAUUUCUAUCUAGCAUUUGUUAAUAAUUUGGUUGUCAUACCAGUUUUAAAUAAAAUUGAUCUAAAGAAUGCAGAUCCUGCUCGAGUUUGUAAUCAGUUACAAACACUUUUUGAGAUUAAUCCAAAUGAUGUUCUCAAGAUAUCAGCUAAGUUGGGAAUAGGUAUUGAGGAUGUAUUAGAAAGCAUAGUGACUAGAAUUCCUUGUCCUUCUGUGGACCAAACUUUACCAUUAAGAGCCUUAAUAUUUGAUUGCAUGUAUGAUAGAUAUAGGGGUGCUCUUAAUUUAAUUUAUGUACAAGAUGGGUCCAUUUCAAUCAAAGAUUCAAUUACAACAUUCCACAACAAAAAAGAAUAUGAAGUAAAAACACUUUCAGUUCUCAGACCUGGUGAAGUACCUGUUGACAAAUUAGUUGCUGGUCAAAUAGGUCUCUUAGGCUGUAAUAUGAGAUCUACAAAAGAAGCACAUAUUGGAGAUACAAUUCAUCACAGUAAUACGCCAAUAGAACCAUUAAAAGGUUUCAGACCAUCAAGACCUAUGGUUUUUGCUGGAAUAUAUCCAAUGGAUCAAUCACAACAUCUACUUCUUAGAAGUGCAAUUGAUAAACUGACACUAAAUGAUUCUGCAGUUACAGUAGAUUUGGAUACCAGUCCUGCUUUAGGCCAAGGAUGGAGAUUGGGUUUUCUGGGACUACUACAUUUAGAAGUAUUCACACAAAGACUAACACAAGAAUAUGGUGCAGAACCAAUAAUUACAGCACCUUCUGUCACUUAUAAAAUAAAAUUGAAACCUACAAAACAAAAUGUUAAAGAUGGAUCAGACAUAAUUUUUGUUAAUAAUCCUGCUAAUUUUCCAGAACAUGUUAAAAUUGAGGAAACAUUUGAACCAAUGAUUAUAGGUACCAUAGUGACACCUGAUAGAUAUUUGGGACCAAUAAUGUCGUUGUGUAUGGAACGCAGAGGAAUUCAAAGAUCCGCUAAUAAUAUAGAUAACGAAAGAGUUAUUCUUCAGUAUGAUUUGCCUUUGUGUGAAGUUGUUUUGGAUUUUCAUGAUAGCCUAAAAACAAUAUCUUCUGGUUAUGCCAGUUUUGACUAUGAAGAUAAUGGAUAUCAGAGUAGUAAUCUCGUCAAAUUGGCGAUAUUAUUAAAUGGUACAUUAGUUGACGAGUUGAGUAACAUUGUGCACAUAACGAAAGCAAAAACAAUUGGACGUCAAAUGGUAUUAAAAUUGAAAGAUAUUGUGCCUAGGCAAAUGAUACAUAUAGCAAUUCAAGCUACAGUCAAUGGAAAAAUUAUGGCUAGAGAAAAUAUUAAAGCUUUUAGGAAAGAUGUAACUGCAAAACUUUAUGGCGGUGAUGUUACUAGAAGAAUGAAAUUAUUAGCACAACAGGCUGCUGGUAAAAAGAAAAUGAGGAUGGUAGCAAAUAUUUCGCUUCCAAGAGAAACUUUUAUUGAUGUCUUGAAGAAAUAAUAGAUUUCAGACCUUUUGUAUAUACUUAUCAAAAAAAUAUUUUCAUUGAAUAUAGAAUGUUGAAAAUUGAUACAUUAUUGACAAUAUAAUUUCUUCUUUAUAUAUCAUUUUACUGCACAGCGUAUAAGCAAUAAUAACUAUUAUAAAGUUGUUGCGCUGAUACACAUAAUGAUGGGAACAAAGGGGGAUUCGUUUCUGGUUUGGUUUCAUUCAACUGCUUCUGCUACUGUAUUGAUAAAUAAAAUAAUCGUAACUUUCAAAUGUUUUCUUUGAUAAGUUUCUCUCGCGGAUGGUUUUAUUAUAGGUUAUAACUACCAAAUUAUUUUUCACAACAUAAGUUUUGAAGUACUGUAUAUUUCUUAAUUACACAAAUCAGGUGAAAUAUUUAAUUUUUCAACCCACUUUCCACUUGCUACACUAUAGCGUUAUUUUGGUGAGUCUUCGAACAAUAAUUUUAUGUUUACAGAUGAAUACUUUUUCAGCUUUCCCAGCAAUUAAGAUGGUUCUCCUUACC